GCCGCCCGUUUGUCGCAUCGCCAAAAGCUCGCAGCCCAAAAUAUCGAGCAACAUAUAAGAAUUUCACCGGCGGUCUCCCUGCGGAUGAUGGAAGAAAACGGAAGAGGGGACGGCCUGUGCAAAGUUUGCGGCGACAAAGCCUCGGGUAAACAUUACGGAGUGUCGAGCUGCGACGGUUGUCGGGGCUUUUUUAAACGCUCCAUACGCAGAAAUUUGGACUACGUGUGCAAGGAGAAUGGCCAGUGCAUCGUCGAUGUGUCGCGGCGCAAUCAGUGCCAGGCUUGCCGAUUCACCAAAUGCUUACAAGUCAACAUGCAGAAGCACGCGGUACAGCACGAGCGAGCGCCGAGGAGCGUGCAGACUUCGCCGGGCGCGACGACGGCCUCGUCGACGCUGUUCGCGAUGGCGGCCGCAGCGGCGACCACGAGGAAAGUCAGCCACCAGCAGCAGCAGCAGCAGCCACCGCCGCCGUCGCUGCAGUCGUGCGCGGCCCUCUACCCAGCGGCCAGUCACGUCUACCACGGGGCGGCUGCCGUUGCCUCGGCCGCGCCUUACCACCCCCUCCUCUAUCCUGCCCUCUUCUCAUUCAAGCCGAGCGCCGGCGUGCCGAGCUUUGCAUCCAGCCCAGGAAAAAAUUUCUUCGCAGAUACGAGCGACUUGCUUCGUCUGACGACAGCUGCGCAUUUCGUGCCCCGGCCUGCGGCAGUCGAGCCGUUGCAACAGCAGCAACAACCCCUACCAACCUCUUCAGUCGGUGGGAAAGAAGACGAAGUGACAAGUUCCGAAGAAGCUGCCGCCAACGAUCGAUUACACUUUAAGAAAAUUUCAGAUGAUCGCGUCAUGUCGACCAGAUUGACCAACCCGCUAAUUUGCACCUCCUUCUCCGAUGGACACACUGCCAACUUUUCGCUGCUGCCCACGGAAAAUAUCAACGAGCUCGCGGCCAAGCUGCUGUUCCUCGCCGUCAAGUGGCCCAGAAGCAUUUCUUCCUUUCUGCAGCUAUCGUAUCGCGACCAAGCUAUACUGCUCGAAGAGUCAUGGUUCGAGUUGUUCGUGCUGACCGCAGCCCAAUGGAACUUUCCCGUGGAAGAGUCGCAGCUCAUACCGGCCACAACGCCAGCCUACAAGCGUCAGAUUCUCAGCGACGAGGCGCGUCGUCUGCGCGAACUUCUGACCCGAUGCGCCAUACUGCAGAUCGACCACUCGGAGUACGCCUGUCUCAAGGCUAUAGUAUUGUUCAAAGGAGAAUCUCGGGGUCUGAGCGAUGCAGCCCGCGUCACCGCUUCGCAGGAGCAAACCGUUUCCGUACUAUCGGAUCGUGGAGGUCGGGUUGGCCAGUUGCUGCUCCUAUUGCCACCCAUAAGGGCUUUGUGUCGGCACACUUUGCAAGAGUUGCUUUUCAAGCAAACCAUCGGCGAGGCCGAUUUCGAGCGUCUACUCGGGGACGUGGUUCACAUGCCAAGACCACAUUGAACCAUUUCAAACGCCCACGAUGAGCUUUUAAUAUUCUAAAUCAAUCGACAAGAUUUCAUACCAAAGAAAAACAUUAUGAGUUCGAGGUUUCAAAUAAAGCUUUGUAAAAAUGUACUAUACCUUAUUAUUAGCUGUGUAAAUUUGUAUUUUAUAAAGGGCUCAAAGAUUUCUUAGGUCGCCUUGCACACUUUUUUCAUAAUAUCCAUCUUAAAAUUACUCAUGAAGAGCUACCUGUGGAUUGGGUCACUCCGAAUGAGAUUAUGUUGGCAACCGUUGAUGAUCCAAAAUGUUCACAACUUGCGCUCCAUUGCUCAAUUGGUUCGCUUUGAAUAUUAAGAAAAGGCAAGGUAAUUUAAAAAAUAUUCUAUAAGAGGAUAAAAUGCCAGAAAACG